AUGUCUACUCAGGCGGAGACAGCUCAGCACUUCGAUGACGGCAAAUUGAAACUGGCCGCCAACUUCACCUCGCAGAUGGCUGCCAUCACGGUGUCAACAAUCACCUGUGACCUGCAUGAGCACUGCGACGGGAGUUGUAGCGGGGGCGAACCUAUUCUAUUCCAACCACUACAGAUUGGAGCUUUUCCAUACCGGUCCACCGUCCGAGACCGACCAGUCUCCAACCUCCCUCUUGUCCAGCCGGAAUCCCCGCCUUUGCCAUCAGAAGAGUUUCAGUACACCCCCAUUGACUCUGCUUCAGGUCAAAUACGCCUGAUACAUCUUCACAAUGGGGUUUUCAGAUCAGAUACUAUAGUUCUCGACUUGGUGACUGUCAACGUUUUUGAUCCUGCCUGUCCUAACUUUGGCGCCUUAUCGUAUAAUUGGGGUGAGCCCAAAUUUGAUCAAGGGAUCGUGUGCGACGGCAAGCGACUCAACAUUAAUGCAUCCCUCCACGAGUGUCUCAAACGACAUCGCCAGGACUGGCUAGAGAAACCCGAGUUCCUUUGGGUAGAUGCCAUAUGCAUCAAUCAACAAGAUACAACGGAGCUUAACCAGCAGGUACUCCUCAUGGGAGACAUAUAUCGCGGCGCGGCAAUUGUGCUUGUGGAUUUUGGUGAUGUAGCGAAGGAAUGGUAUGUUGCCUACGAUUUGAUGCUUCGAAUUCGGGUGAUUAGGCAAAUGCUCGAUGAGCGCGUGGAGGAUUUGGUCAGUGAUCUUCUGUUCGAAAGAGUCGGCCUGCCAACAUUCAGCCAUGUCGCGUGGCACAAUUUCGGCGUUUUGUUCACUUCUCCAUGGCUUGAGAGAACAUGGACUAUCCAAGAAGUGGUCCUGGCCAAGGAUGUACGAUGCCGUUACGGACGAUUCAACUUUGAGUGGGACGUACUUGUGUCGGCAUCACAUUUGAUGGGGUUGCAACGAACAUCCGCUAUCUCCAGUCUAACGACCAAACAGAUGAUUGGGUUACUCAACCUCGACCGAAUUGUUCGAAUACGUCUCGAGUUUCGUGCCCGUCGUCUUCGACCAAUGCAGCUGCUAUGGCGCACCCGAGACUGCAUGGUUUCGAACCCACGAGACAAGAUUAUCGGGCUAUUGGGCAUGUUGUUACCUUCAGGGACUAAGACCAAGUUCGAACCGGACUAUGGUUGGCCGCUCGAGAAAUUGUUUUAUGAGUUCGCGAGAUACGUCCUUCGGGAGUAUCCUUUUUCUGAGAGAGCAGCAUUGCUCUCUUUCGCUGGAUUACAAAGAAGGCGCGUAGGGAAGGUUGAUCAACCUCAGGCAGAUAUGCCCUUACCAUCAUGGGUACCAGACUGGCUGGCGAACGAUUCCGCAAGCGCUGCAGUCUACUCCAUCAUCCGUGAGGCCCCCUUCAGAGCAGCUAAGGGAACAACCCCAAUCAUGUAUGUCAUGGGCGAGUACGGGACUGAUGAAUGUUACAUCACCCAAAUGGGAUUUCGUCUCGGCCGUAUUAGCCACCUCGGUCUUUCUGCAGACGAGCUGAACAAAGAGGACGAACAGGAAACCACGACAGACGCUACACAGAUUACAAUUGAGACCAAAGGUAAAAUUUCAAGUAUUGGAGACGCCAAUAUUGCUGCGAUGCGAACCUUGGACAUCAAGUGGCUUCAGUGGCACAAUGAAGCUGCUCGUACAGUGGAGGCGGCAACUGCUGAAGGGAAAUUGCACCGCUAUGAGGAUACCCAAAGCGCGUUUGCGAUUACCCUCUUGGCCGGCGAUCAGUACACUGACACCAACGCUACUGCCACGACCGUGCCGAUAGAAAAUCCUGUCAAAUCACUCGCCGCAGUGGUGGCCGAUAUCUCCUCGACUGAACCCACCCUAGGUCAGAUUGCGAGAAACGCUGAAAGUUUGUACAAAACUCAGACUCAAGUCGCAUGUCGUGAUCGAAAGAUAGCCGUUACCGAUGAGGGUUAUAUGGGGCUCGUGCCGAUGUGCAGCCAAGUCGGGGACGAAGUUUUUCUACUCGGCGGAGCUUCUGUUCCUUUCGUUCUGCGCCGGCGUGAUCCAGCCUGGAACAAGUUCAUCCUAGUGGGCGAUUGCUACAUUCAUGGUGUAAUGGAAGGUGAAGUCAUGGAGGGCAACUCCUUGGACAACUGGACCCCUAUGCUUAUAUACUAG